GAAGCGCCCUGUUUUCAAACCUUUAUUCUGAGGCCUGAGACGUUUCAGAUCAUUGUCUUGCAGCAUGAGCCAGCUGUGCUUCAGCAUCAGUACACAGACAGACGGACAGCUUCACUUGAAGAACAGAAUCAAAAUUCCUUUACUGAAAAGGCAUCUAGUUCCUGAAGCAGAUAAACAUCAGUGUCUGCUGCUAUGAAGAGGUUUUUAUGAAAUGAAGAUUGAAAACCAAAAAAUGCACUUGUCUGAACACAUACCAUGUAAAAUAUAUAAACUUUUUGAACAGCAUUAUAAUUGCUGUUUGAUUUGUUUGAAAUUGUUUAAAAAAAGAAACCAGAAAACUGUUUUCAAUAAAUCAAUUGUUAAUUGAGCAUCAUCAUUGUGGUUUUACCAAGUAAACCUAUUUUUUUCAGCUUUUUCAGGAAGUGACAUGCUCAACAAUUUCUCACCUCGCUGCUCUGGAGCUCACUCUUCUUUUCUGUUGCAGCUUCAGUGAUCAGAUAAAACCAUGAAGCCGUUUGGACUCUGUUUUUCUGCUGUGUGCAUAUUGUGCUGCUGCUGUCUUGUGUGUGGCAGAGGUCAAGGUGUGUGCAGUGUAGGGAAGUUCAUUACCAGAAUCAAUUUAACCACAGAACUACAGUCUGAAAUCCUGCUGCCGUGCCUUUUUGAAGCAGCUCUCAUUGGAUCAAACCUGAACAUGAGUUCACUUGCUGUGUGGAAUCACAUUACUGAAACCACUGACGGCAUUGUAGAGAUCAAAGUAAAUGAUCAUGAAAUCUUCUGGAAUAACAGAGGCAAUAGAAUUAAGGCAUUCGGUGCUGCUGCUGCAUCUGGAAACUUCUCCAUCCUGAUUGAAGAUGUGCAGCUGUCUGAUCUGGGGCUCUACCGCUGUGAACAUUUCAUAGAUACCAACUGUUCUCUGGGCUAUAAAGAGAUAAACAUCAGUCUGGCUGCUGAGUUUUCACCGCUCAAUAACUGGCAGCUCAUAGUUGCUGCAGGAGGAGGAGGAGGAUUCCUUCUUCUCUGUCUGAUCACCGUGUGUGUUUACUGGACAUGGACAAAACGACAAACAGUUGAUGCAUCAGUCAACCACACAUCACACAAUUGUCAUGACAGUGAAGGACCAAAAAAUGAUGAAAUAACCUAUGCAUCAGUUGCUCUUAAAUCACACAACUGCCAUGACAGUGAAGUUCUUCUGAAUAAUAAACCUGUAAAAGGCUCUGCAUCAGAAACCAUGGUCAACCCAGAGACGGUCCUUUACUCUACCCUCAAGCAAAGAGAGGGAAGAUGAGCAAGAGAGCAGCAAAACAGACAAAUUAAAGCACUCAAGAAAUACACUAUAUUUUUAUGGAACUCCCAGCUUGUAUUGUUUGAUUUUAUUUGACAAGAAAUACUUAAUGUUUGAUAUUGUUACAGUAACUCAUUAACAUCAUUAGGACAUUUUCUAAAGCACUAGGGAAACCAAAGUAAACUAAUUCAUACCCUUGUAGUUGUAAUUGUGGAAAGAGUCUAAUAUAUAUCCUUCAUGUAUAUUGGCUUUAUAUUUAUCUCUUGGUUGUUUUUUGUAAUUUUAUAAUAUAUAAUUUUCUUGGCUCAGCUGCAUGAGACUGGUUGUUGUAACUAUAGAUGAAGAGUGUGAAACUAAACUAAGCUACUUUAUCACCUAAACCACUGAAUUCUUUGCAGACAACGUGACAGAGUCUCACAUGCAACAGUAAGACAGGAUAAACUGUGUCUAUGUGUCUAUGAGUAGUUAGCUACUCGAGGCCAAGAUGCUCACAGGAAACGAGUGGAAAUUCUCAUAUCCAUCAGCUUCUUCACAAAUAAGUUAUAGCUUCUGUUUUGUCACAUAGUGUGAAAAGUUGUGUGAAAAUACUUGAGAUUAAGCUCGUAAGCUCGAUGUGUACGUUACAAUUGUCAAUUGUGCCAGUACAUUAGAUUUACAAUAGACCUGACUUCAAAGAACAGUUGUUGAACUAUUCAAUUCAGAGGCAUCAUGCCCAUUCAACCCGAGCCAAGUGGAUUUUGAAUUCAGCUUGCAAAAGACAAAAAAUAGCUGAUUAAUAUUUUUUUAAUGAAUAUAUUUGAUUAGAACAUUCAGUGCGUCACAUCACCAGCUGCUAAAUUCAUAACUUUGUUCACUGCUGCCACUGAGCCAGGCACAGAUGUGUUUUAGAGCUCUGCGCACUAUAACCAAUCACACACGAUUCUGAGCUUAUGAAUGCAAUAGCCAAUCAGAAGCGUUCUGAUGAGUCAUCACUGUAACUCCUGUUUUCAGUGUGCACGCUCACUUACUGAAUUCUCUCAUCAGAAACAGCAAAGUGCAUACGAUGCAAGUAAGAUAUGCAUUUCACAGUGUAAACGGCUUCAGUGAUUAAAAUGAGAGAUUUUGAGAGUGCUUAAACUCUGGUUAGACUGAAAUUCUGAUAAUGAAAUUAUAAUGUUAUUUGGUAAUGUAGCCUAAAUGUUCUUUACUAUCUUUCUGUGCAAUGAAAGUGUAAUUAGUAACUUGCAUUGUUUUUAUUAAAUUCACUUUAAUUACAAUGUCAGUCACAUUAAAAAUAUGUUAUGGCAUGACACCAUCAAUAUGUGGUAGCUAUGUAAAAAGAUUACUAGUGGUGUUUCGUCCAUAUAAGAUGUGAAUUCUCUGCAUACCCAGGCCAUUUAAGAGAAUAAGUUAAUGUGAUAAUUACAAUAAACAUGAUUAUAUAAUGAUACAAGACAAAUAUACAAGACAAACUAAAAUAUUUUGUCAAAUAAGAUAAAUUAUGAACUUUUUUUAAAUACAAUAAAGGUGUUUUUGAUAAAUUAACAAAAGUUCUUUACUUUUCUUGAAACAAUACCUUCUAAACAUUAAACAUUGACUGUCCGUCUUUAUUCACCUCUUCCUUGUGGUUUCUUAUUACAUUUCAUUAAACUAAAUAGUGUAAAUUGCAUUGCUAAUGUCAAAGAAUAGAACAUUUUAUUCAAUGUUACAAGGUGCCCCAUCUGUGCAACUGGAAUUUAAAGUGUCUUCUGCUAGUUAGUGAAGCAUUAAAAAACUAAAACUGAUAAAUAACAGAUUGGAGAGUAAAAUAAUAGCAGAUUUGCCUCAUGUUAAAUUAAUACUAAAAACUGAGAUGAAAAAUUUACUUAAGCCAGAAAUACACUUUUUUCAUGUUAAGUGUGUAAGGUCCACGCACUCGGUCCAAAGAAGGUAUCCGGUGCUGGCUGAAGGAUUCUUGUGUGUUCUGUCUUUUCAGUGUGCAAAGUUAUUCAAUUUAUGUUAAAUUCUAAUCUGACUCCAUUUUAUUGUUUAAUCUGACUCUAUUUUAGUAUGACCUUGAAAUUAGGUUGAAAGGCAAAUUGGUUGAUUGUCUGUCUCUAAUUGUUCUUCUUCUGACAUUUGCACGAAAGACAUUGAGAAAUGGCACACCUCCUACAGUGAGCAAAAUAUCUCUUAACUCUUAGGAUCUUUAUCACCUUUUAGUCUACUUGUAAAACUGAGACCAUUGUACCAGAUGCCCUGAGACAAUACAAAUGACACCAAACAUGACUGUAAAUAGCACUUGCAUUCAUGUAGAACAUUAUAUUUUACUACUUAC